ACUUUCUAGAUUAAAAUGGCUUUAAUUCGUCUUAUCCUACCGAUCUUGCUUUUGAGCAUGAUGGCUAGUUAUAUUGUUCCUGGAGUAUUUGCAACAAAUCCUGUUUGUGGACCCAAUAUUAAAUUUCUGCCCCACGAAAAUUGCCGAAAGUUCUACCAAUGCAAUAUGGGCAGAGCAACCGAGUUAAACUGCCCACUUGAACUCUAUUUUAACGCUAAAUUAAAUCUUUGCGACUGGCCAGCAAAUAAUCCUCGUCCAGAAUGCCGACAAUAAAUAUUUAAAUGUUAAAGUAAUGUUAACAAUUUCUU